UUAAUAUUUCAACGUUUCUGUCAGCUGGCUUAGUAAAUGUUUUCAUUUGGCGUUGUUUGUGGGUUGCGACAACAUCUCGGCUGCUUGUCAUCCAGCUUCUUUCUUUUAUUCUCGUUUUUAAAGUUUUUAAAAUAUUUUAGUUAUGGCGGCCUCUGGAUACCGUGGGGGUUCAGCUAACCCUAUGAUUUGCUGUCCAGACCACCCUGAUGCAAUGCUCAUCGAAGAUCACAGAGCUGGAGAUCAGAUCUGUUCAGACUGUGGGCUUGUUGUUGGUGAUAGAGUAAUAGAUGUGGGCUCAGAAUGGCGCUCAUUCAGCAAUGAUAAGAACUCGGCAGACCCCUCACGUGUUGGUGGCCCUGAGAACCCUCUCCUUGACGGCUGUGAUCUCAGCACUAUUGUUGGUCCUUCCACGAGUGGUCCGGUCUAUGGCAUGGCAGGAGCCGGUCUCCCUGCGGAUGGAGCCACAGCCUAUAGGAACAGACGAACGAUGAGCAGUAGUGACAGAUCGCUGCUGAACGCCUUCAAGGAGAUUGCCAACAUGGGGGAGAAGAUCAAUCUGCCACGCAGCUUGCUGGACCGCGCCAACGCUCUCUUUAAAGAUGUACACACGACACGCGCCCUGCGAGGUCGCAGCAACGACGCCAUCGCCUCGGCGUGCCUGUACAUCGCCUGCAGGCAGGACGGCGUGCCCCGGACAUUCAAGGAGAUCGUGGCCGUGAGCUCUAUAAACAAGAAGGAAAUAGGACGCUGCUUCAAGCUCAUCCUGAAGGCUCUGGAGACGUCCGUGGACCUCAUCACAACCAACGACUUCAUGUUCCGCUUCUGCUCCAACCUGGGGCUUGAUAAUAAGGUGCAGAAGGCGGCAACCCACAUCGCGGACACUGCAGGUGCGCUGGACAUCGUGUGUGGCCGCUCCCCCGUGUCCGUGGCGGCCGCGGCCAUCUACAUGGCCACGCAGGCGUCGGCGCGCCCCAAGACGCCUGCAGAGAUCGGGGAGGUGUUGGGCGUCGCAGAGAUCACCAUCAGGCAGGCCUACAAGCUCAUGAUCCCUCGCGCCAAGGAUCUCUUCCCUAAGGACUUCGUCUUCCACACCUCCAUAGAGAAGCUGCCAGCGUCCUAGUCAUCCUCAGCAUCUCCUAGCAUAUAACGCCUUAUCACAAUUGUCGGAUAAUACAUAGAUAAACUAAAUAGCCUUCUAGAGCGAGCUUUGUAGAGCUUACCUUUUAAAACCAGCCUCCUAGAAACAAACUACUAGAGCUAACCUUUUUAAAACCAGCCUCUAGAAACAGAGUCCUAGAGCUAGCCUCCUAAAGCAGCCUUCUAGAAACAGACUUAUUUAUACCACUUUUUUAUUAUAACUGACAAUACGGUGGCACUGUAAAUGUUGCACUUUUUAAAUGGACAGUUAUUUGCUGCGUGGUUCAUUUCAUUAGGAUAUUUCUUGGCUGUUUUUGUUAUCAUGCUCGUUAUCUUGGUGGCUUCAUUGUAAAAAAAGUAAUCUACGCUAUUUUAGCAUGUAUUUGCAGAAGUCAUGUUCUGUACGAACUUCAAUUUAAUUUUAUGUUGAUGUUACGCGAGGUGUGUAAUUUUAUUUUAAUGACGCGAAGUGUGAGCUUGACGCGCUUUAUAUUGAACAACUUGUGUCUAAUUAUACAUAAGUUUUUGCUUUCAUUUUUAUGAUGGAGUUCCAUCACGUCGUUAUAUUUUUACAUUAACAUUAAUCGAUUAAUAUUCAGUUGAUGCAGGCGCUGUCAGUGGCCGUUUCGAUGCUUUUGUCCCCGAAUAGUAUUAAAAUCUAUCACGGUAUCAUUUUUGUGUAAAGAAUCUAUCACGAUAUCGUAUUCCCAGCAAGAAUCUAUCACGAUAUAAUUUUGUGUUUAGAAUCUAUCACGAUAUCGUUUUCCUAUAUAGAAAAAUAUCGCGAUAUUGUUUUCUUAUCUACAAUCGCUUAAAAAUAUCGCUUUUGUAUCAGGAAUGUUUUACGAUAUCCUAUUUACCGGCCAUUGACCGCCAGCUCUACUCGCCUCGCCUCAAACUAAAUCUCAAAGAUGCAAGCAACACAAAAGUUAUUGUAAAUUUAACUCAGAUAUUCAUUUGUGAAUUAUUAUGGUGCAUCUUUUGCAUGUUGACAGCUUGACGCUUCAUAAGUUUUUACGGGAAUGAAUGGACAUGUUCAUCUACAUCUCAUUAAUGCCAUUACAUCUCAUUAGUGACAUUACAUCUCAUUAACGCCAUUACAUCUCAUUGAAGCCAUUACAUCUCAAUAAUGUCACUAUAUCUCAUUAACGCCACUACAUCUUAUUAACGCCAUUGUUUCACUUCCGGCGGCCAAAGGAAAAUAUGCUAGAACUUAUUAAGUUCUUGAUAUUAUAUCCGUCAUAUUGACUCGAUGUUUGCUUGCUUAAGUUUUGCUUUCUUCUGCAUUGAACAUAAUGAAUCUGCUUGCUUAGAGUUUAGUAAAUAUAAAGCAACAACUUGCUUGACCAGCAACUAAAAUUUGAGUAUUACUCAGUAAUGCUGCAUUACAUGGCUUCUAGAGCCAAUGCCUCACUGGGUCUUAGAGCAAAUUAAUCAUCCAAUUAGGCUGUGUGUGGUUGGGCUCUAGAGCCAAUGUCUCAUUUGGUUCCCUAAUGGGUUCUCACUUAGUUCCCUAAUGCCCUAAUGGGUUCUCAUUUGGUUC